AUGCAAUACAGAAGCUUGCUCUUGAGUCCCUCAGCAGAGGCAAAGUUCAACAACAAUCCAGCUCACCAACAUUGCAGAAGCAAGAAGAGAAAAGAGAAUCUAAGUUGUAUAGCUACUGUUAUAGUGUUAUGGAUUAUGGUGUAUCUCUACAACAUUUAUGGCCGUAACUGCAGGCAUGGUGUUAAGUUCACUGAUAAAGAACCGCUGAGCGUUUUUAUCCGUUUGACCGAUACUUUGUCGGAUCUAAAGAGGAACAUAUUGCAGAAGGUAGGGUUGUGUGGGGCCAAGUUGGUGAAGAAGGUGUUCUACAAGAUUCCGAUGGCGGUUGUGUCAAGUGGUGUGCAGUAUGAAACAUUUGUGAUAAGGUCGGAUGAAGACAUGGAGGUCUUGUUUCAUUAUCGGCGGAGUUUUUCGGAGGUGAGAAUACAUGAGUUGUUUGCCAAGUUAGAAGACGGUGUCGACAGUUCUGGGGCUUCAGUGCCAAAUCCUCAGUCGACGACGGUGGAGGGUGCUUCUACUUCGAUGCCUGUCAUUGCACCUGGUUGUCUCUUAGCUGCACCUCCACUUGUUCUAGCACUGGCAGGUAGAUCACCUGGUUUGAUUACUGGUCUUGUUGGUAGUGAUAAGCCAGAUCACGUUGAGGACGCGAUGCGGGAAGAUGAUUCGGACGAUGAGCCCGAUCACAUAUCGGGGGAUAGUGAGGAGGAGACUCAGAUGGUCCCACCUGCACCUCAGGGGCCAUCCAAUUCUGGGUCCCACCAACAACCACCACAUUUCUCGAUGCUGAACUUGGAAGCAGUGAGUCAACAACCAGAUGAGGCAAACACCUUUGGAAGCCAAGGAUUACACGAGGACAAUACUUCUGGGGAAUUUCAGAUUGGCCAAUAUUUCCAGACUAAGAAGGAAGCUGUGAUGAGAGUUAAGGAUUAUAGCAUUCGUCGUGGAGUUCAAUAUCAGGUUAUGGAAUCAGAUCAUCUGAAAUAUGUUAGGAGAUGCAAGGAGUUUGGAAACGACUGCACCUGGACGAUCCGCGUGGCACUUCGGCAGCGCAAGAGUAACUGGGAGGUUAGAAGGGCGGAUGCAGCGGUUACGAUAAAGGUGUUGCAAGAAGCCACUGAGUCAACCUACGGAUUCAGACCUAGUUAUAUGAAGGUGUGGAAGGCAAAGCAGAAGGCAAUCGCACAGAUCGACGGGGAUUGGAAAGAGUCAUAUGCCGAGUUACCCCGGUGGAUCCUUGGGAUGCAAGCAACGAUGGACGAAACUGUUGCUUUGUUGAAGACUUCUCUAGUGCGUGUAGGUGAUGAGGUUGAUGAGUCUACAGAGACUCUGCUUUUGGCUAUUGCGCAAGAUGGAAACUCGAAUAUAUUGUCGGUUGCGUUUGCACUUGUUGAGGGGGAGAAUGCUGAGUCACACAACGGCAUUAACACUGUACUGGAGGCACCAGACAGUGGUUGGCUACCGCCUCAUGCAUAUCGAGCGUAUUGCAUUCGACACGUUACCGCUAAUUUUGCUCUCAGUUUCAAGGGCCAUGAUGCAAGGCGGCUGCUCGUGAAUGCGGCGUAUGCCAAGACUGAUGAAGAGUUUGACUACUGGUUUGAUAUUAUGAGGACUAAGAAUCCGGCUAUGUGUGAUUGGGCCAACCGACUGGAGUACGAUAAGUGGACCCAACACCAGGAUGGAGGCAGACGGUUCAGCCACAUGACGAUGAACAUAUCCGAGUGUGUUAACUCUGUAUUGAAGGAGACACGGAAUCUGCCGGUUACUGCACUUGUGAAAUCCACAUAUGGGAGGUUAGCAGAGCUUUUUGUCGUCCGAGGGCAGACAGCAGAGGCGCAGUUGGGAUCUGGUCAAGGCGAUAGAGCGCAACUUGAAAGAUUCGAGGUGCUUUACGGUUACUCUGUUCGACAGACAUCAGUCUGA